AUGGCCUGGGCUGGCUUCAUCAAGAUCAAAAUGCUUCCCAUGACUAAUCUCAUGCUCGUUUCCAUUCUCUCCUCCAUAUUUAUUGUUACUCUGCUUAGCUUUCCCAGCCCAGCUGAAGCUGAUUAUCUAUACCAUGUCUGCCCAAACACUACCACUUUCACCCCGAACUCCACCUUCCAGUCCAACCUCAACCGCCUCCUCUCCACCCUCUCCUCCAACGCCACCCGCCCCUCCGGCUUCUACAACGCCACCGCCUCCUCCCGAACCCCAAACGACGCCGUCUACGGCCUCUUCCUCUGCCGCGGCGACGUCGCCGCCACUGACGCUUGCAAAUCCUGCGUCUCCACCGCAACCUCCGACAUCGUCCAGCGCUGCCCCACCGAGAAACAGGUCGUGAUCUGGUACGAUGACUGCAUGCUACGCUACUCCAACGAGUCCUUCUUUUCCACCAUGGCCGAGACACCUCGCCUGUUCAUGUGGAACACCCAGAACGCCACCGAACAGACCCGCUUCAACCAGGUCCUGUCCACCCGUAUGAACGAGGUGGCCACCGAGGCUGCCAACGACGCCGACAAGUUUGCGACGAGUCAGGGGAAUGUUAGUGGGUUGGUUUCGAUUUACAGCCUGGGGCAGUGCACGCAGGACCUGUCCUCAGCGGAUUGCAACCGGUGUCUCAGGGGUGCCAUAGCCCAAUUUCCGAAUUGUUGCAGUGGAAAGGAAGGGGCACGAGUGUUGUAUCCGAGUUGUACCGUUAGGUACGAAGUCUACCCUUUCUACCAACAGAACUCCACGUCAGCACCUCAGCCUUCACCGGGGGCUCUACCUCCUCCUCUGCCGCCUAAAGGUAAAGUGAAGUGA